AUGAUGAGAAAUUCAACUUUAACCUUAACUUAUUUCAUCCUUGGAGCUUAUUUGCAUGUUGGAAGUUUAAGAUACUUUUAUUUCAUGAUAACUGCGAUGGUGUACAUUACAAUUAUUAUAUCCAACACAUCUCUGAUUGUGGUCAUCUGUAUGAACAGAAGCUUACAUGAGCCUAUGUACCUGUUUCUGUGCAGCCUGUUUGUAAAUGAACUGUAUGGUAGCACAGGGCUGUUUCCAUUCCUCCUGGUUCAGAUUCUCUCUGACGUUCACACUGUUUCUACUUCUCUGUGUUUCCUGCAGAUUUUCUGUUUGUACACAUAUGCAAGUGUAGAGUUUUGUAAUUUAGCCGUCAUGUCUUAUGACAGAUACCUGGCUAUCUGCUGUCCUCUACAAUAUAACUCACGUAUGACGUCUAGCAAGGUGUUUAUCUUUAUUAUUUUACUCUGGUUGUACUCUUUUGUGAAAUUCUUAAUUACUUUAUCAUUAAACAUCCGUUUGACCCUGUGUGGAAACAUCAUAAACAGUUUGUAUUGUAGAAAUUACCUCGUAGUUAAGUUGGCCUGUUCUGACACUGAAGUCAACAACAUCUAUGGACUUUUUGGUGUUGUUCACUCCAUCUUAGUUCCUCUGCUUCCAAUCCUUUUCUCAUACACGAAAAUUCUUAAAGUGUGUUUCUCAGGUUCCAAACAGACCAGACAGAAAGCUGUGAGUACCUGCACACCUCAGCUCGUGUCUCUGCUCAACUUCUCUUUUGGCUGCUGCUUUGAGAUACUUCAGAGCAGGUUUGAUAUGAGCGGCGUUCCCACCGUGCUGCGUAUCAUCCUGUCGUUAUAUUUUGUAGUUCUGCAACCACUUUUGAAUCCCGUCAUGUAUGGAAUGCAAAUGUCCAAAAUGCGAAGUGCGUGUAGACAACUCCUCUGUCAUAAAAUGCUGAGUGUUGACAAGGAUGGUUUGUAG